UGCUGGGAGGAGGAGGAGGAGGAGCCCAGCGGCCCGGAGCCUGCCCACCUUUGGCGGAUCCACUGGGGGAACUGGAGUCCGUGUGGAGACCUUACGCCGGAGGACCGGGAAAACUUUUAUACUUUUUCGCACUUCAAUAUCCAUGACAUUUAUCAGAACCUCUACAGAGAGGAUUCCAGGAAUCUUGCCAUGUUCAAGGCGGUGCUGAAGAAGAACAGAGAUGGAGGCAAGGGGAGCAAGAAGGAUUCAGGUGAUGUUCACAGUCACAGCAGCCAAAGAAGAUUCCCACUGGAUGGAACCCCCCAGCCCCAGGGGCCUGGCAGCACUCUCCCUAAUGAUGACAUUUUCAGGCUAAGUCUCGCCAAGGGAGUGUCCAUGUCUCUCCCCUCAUCGCCUCUGCUGCCACGACAGUCCUACAUGAUGCCCCUACGUCCCAGCAAGAGAUCGCCAGGUCCAAGCAGGAAACCCAAAUAUGUGGAGAGUCCUCGCGUUCCCUCUGAUGCCAUCGUGUCAGCACUGAGGAAGGUGGCCGAUAACAAGGAGUCCUCGCACAAUGAGCUGCAAGCGGAGAAACAGCAGAGCUCCUCCUCCCCUGCCACCCAGGAACUGAUGACAAGGCUGGGCUUUUUACUGGGAGAAGGGAUCCCGGGCUCGGCACGCAUACCUAUGGACGACAAGAAUGAAAAGAAGUGCUCAGUGACCAGCCAGGGUAUCAGCCCCUGCUCUACGCUGACCAGCAGCACGGCAUCUCCCAGCACUGACAGCCCAUGUUCAACGCUCAACAGCACAACCGGCCGCCCCCCUCUCAGCCGCUCCAGCCCCUGCGGGACCAUCACCAGUCCCAGCUCCACUCUUGAGAGCAAGGACAGUGGGAUCAUAGCCACCAUCACUAGUUCCUCGGAGAACGAUGACCGCAGUGGCUCCAGCCUGGAGUGGAGUAAGGAUGGCAGCCUGAGAGGCAGCGUGCGCCAUGGCCUGGCACAAGGCGUGCGGGCCGACACCUGCUCUCCUGUGGCUGAAGAAGACGCCAACAGCGCCACGGCAACGCCAGUCGACGCCUCAUCAAGGACAGACCAGCAGCAGCAGCAGCCCAACUUAUCAGCGCUGCCACAGCCUCACUCGCCUGAGGGGCCCAUUCCUUACCCACCACACACAUCCUCUUCCCUCAUGAUGCCAAGGCCGAACUCCGUAGCAGCGACCAGUUCCACAAAGCUGGAAGACCUGAGCUUUCUUGAUGAACAGCGCAACACCCCCCUGCGGACUUCCAUUCGCCUACCCUGGCACAAUACAGGAGGAAGGCCGCCUCAGGACUCUAAAGCUCGUUUCGCUCCCUACAAACCUGUGGACAUCAUGCUCAAGCCCUUGCUGUUCGAGGUGCCCAGCAUCACCACAGAUUCUGUGUUCGUGGGCAGAGAUUGGCUCUUUCAGCAGCUGGAAGAUGUCCUGAAGGCUGGCGAGUCUGCGGAGAGCCACGGCGCUGUAGUGGUGGGCAGCGUGGGUUACGGGAAGACGGCCAUUAUCUCCCGGCUAGUAGCGCUGAGCUGCCACGGAGGCCGCAUGCGGCAGAUUGCCUCCAACAGUCCCAGUGCCUCCCCAAAAAGUGGUGGAGGACCAAGCACAGAACUUCCUCUCAGCCAGCCCCCGCAGCCCACCCCACCUUCCAGUGCUACCAACACCCUGAGGACCAACAGUUGCCCCGGAACCCCUGAGAUGCAGCAGCGGCGGGAGGUGGCCGUCAAACGCCUGGCUGCAAAGGUGGUGGCGUAUCACUACUGCCAGGCGGACAACACGUACACUUGCUUGGUACCAGAGUUUGUACAUAGUAUUGCAGCCCUGCUGUGCAGAGCUCACCAGCUCGGUGCGUACCGGGAGCUGCUGCUGAAAGAGCCCCACCUCCAGAGCAUGCUCAGUCUGCGCUCCUGCGUCCAGGACCCGAUGGCCGCUUUCCGGAGGGGUGUCCUGGAGCCACUAGCUAACCUUCGUAAAGAGCGUAAGAUUGCAGAGGACGACCACAUCAUCUUGAUAGAUGGGCUGAACGAAGCAGAGUUUCAUAAGCCUGACUACGGGGACACCAUCGCCUCCUUCAUCACUAAGAUAAUUGCCAAGUUCCCCUCAUGGCUCAAACUCGUGGUCACUGUCCGGGUAAACUUGCUGGAGAUCACCAGCCUUUUGCCCUUCUCCAAGAUCUCCCUUGAUGACUUCAAUGACAACAAAGAGAUAAGCAACGACCUCAACGCAUAUAUCCAGUACCGUAUCAACGGCAGCAAAGACAUCAUGAACAAUAUCAGCCUGAAUGGGAAGGCCGAUCCCAUCACCGUCGGUAAGCUCAGCAGCCACCUGAUCUCCCGCAGCCAGGGUUCCUACCUGUAUCUAAAGCUCACCCUGGACCUAUUUGAGAGAGGUCACCUCGUCAUCAAAAGUGCCAGCUACAAAGUGGUGCCCGUCUCGCUGGCCGAGCUCUACCAGUUACAGUGCAAUAUGAAGUUCAUGACUAAUUCAGCCUUCGAGCGCUCGCUGCCCAUCCUCAACGUGGCGCUCGCCACACUGCACCCCAUGACUGACGAGCAGCUGUUCCAGGCCAUCAACGCCACCUUCGUCCGAGGUGAGCUGCAGUGGGAGGACUUUCAACAGCGCAUGGAGCUGCUCUCGUGCUUCCUCAUCAAAAGGCGAGACAAGACACGCAUGUUUUGCCACCCAUCCUUCAGAGAGUGGCUGGUGUGGAGAGCUGAUGGAGAGAGCACGGACUUCCUCUGUGACCCCAGGACCGGACAUGCUCUCAUGGCUUUCAUGUUGUCCCGCCAAGAGGGGAAACUGAAUCGCCAGCAGACCAUGGAGCUGGGACAUCACAUCCUCAAAGCACACAUCUUCAAGGGCCUGAGUAAGAAAACAGGUGUGUCGUCCAGUGUGCUGCAGGCUUUGUGGAUCAGCUGUAGUGCCGAUGGCCUUUCUGCAGCUCUGGCCUCCCUGAGGAACCUCUACACCCCCAACGUCAAGGUGAGCCGUCUACUGAUGCUGGGCGGGGCCAACGUGAACUACCGCACGGAGGUCCUGAACAACGCGCCAGUGCUUUGCGUCCAAUGCCACCUCGGUCACCAGGAAAUUGCCUCUCUGCUUCUGGAGUUUGGCGCCAGUGUGGAUGUAGUCUCCGAAAAUGCCAUGAGCCCCCUCUGCUUCUCAGCUGCUGCAGGACACCUGGGAAUAGUCAUGCUGCUCAGCAAGAGGGGAGCAAAGGUUGAUCACAUGGAUAAGAGCGGCCAGUGUGCGCUGGUCCAUGCUGCUCUUCGAGGACACCCAGAGAUUAUCCAGUACCUGCUGGAGCUGGAAUGGAGCGCCGAGGGGCAGCAGCAGGACAGUGCUCUGAAGAACAAAGCUCUGCAGCAGGCUUUGAUAGCAGCCUCCAGCAUGGGACACACACAGGUUGUGAGCAGCUUACUGGCUUUGAGUAAUGAGCACGCUGUGCAAAUUGAUAGCCACGACACUCUGUGGGGAGAGACAGCCUUGACAGCAGCUGCUGGUCGGGGGAAGAUGGAGGUUUGCAGCUUCCUGUUGGAGCAGGGGGCGGUGGUGCAGCAGGUCAACCGGCGGGGGGUGUCUCCUCUGUUCUGCGCUGUCAGACAGGGACACUGGCAGAUCGCAGAGCUGCUGCUGCAGCGUGGUGCUGACAUUAACAUCAGUGACAAGCAGGGCAGGACCCUACUCAUGGUGGCAGCCUGUGAGGGUCACCUGAGCACCGUUGAGUUUCUGCUUUCUAAAGGUGCAUCCUUGACUUCGAUGGACAAGGAGGGGCUGACACCCCUGAGCUGGGCAUGUUUGAAAGGACAAAAGAACGUUGUGCAGUUUUUGGUGGAGAAAGGUGCGGUCAUUGACCACACAGACAAGAACGGACGAACUCCGCUGGACCUUGCUGCCUUCUACGGAGAUGCAGAGAUUGUCCAGUACUUGGUGGAAAGAGGAGCAGUGAUAGAGCAUGUUGACUACAGCGGGAUGAGGCCUCUGGACCGGGCCAUAGGUUGUCGGAACACGUCGGUGGUGGUGACUCUGCUGAAGAAAGGGGCCAAGCUGGGGAACGCUGCUUGGGCAAUGGCGACCUCUAAGCCUGAUAUACUGAUCAUUCUUCUUCAGAAGCUGAUGGAGGAGGGAAACCUGCUUUACAAGGAUUUCGGGAUGGCUGAGGAGUUUGCAACAAAAGCACUGGAGCUGAAACCCAAAUCCUAUGAGGCCUACUACGCUCGUGCUAGAGCUAAAAGAAGCAGCAGGCAGUUUUCAGCAGCCCUGGCUGACCUGCACGAAGCAGCCAAGCUGUGUCCCAAUAACCGAGAAAUCCGCCGCUUACUGGCUCGAGUGGAGGACGAGUGCAAACAGAUGCAGCGCUUGCAGACCAAAGGUGGCCUCGCUGGGGCUGCAGCUGCUUCCAGCCAGGCGUCAGGGGGCCAUGAGUCUGACCAGGAGCAAGAUGAAGGACAGGACGAGCCCUCAGAGCACAGCCUCGCCAGGAGCGUGGAAGGCCAAAGAGACAUCCUGGAAGAGGAGGAAGAGGAGGAGGAGACGGCAGCAGCCUCGCAGCACGCCAGGACAGCUGAAGCAUGCUGGUCACACAACAGUCACUCCUACAACAGAGUCUUACCCUCGGAGCCUGUCAGCAACAGUAUGGGACAUCAGAGUCAGACCCCCAACUCACCCCCAGGCCCCAGCAGACUGCCCCCUCACCGGUAUCCUCGAGAGCACAGGGAGGCACUGGCCCAGCAGGGCCUAGUUCUACAGCCGACCAAGCAGGCCCAGAUCGUCAAGACCAACCAGCAUAUGAGCUCCAUGCAGGCUGGGGCCGUAGGGGGCCGCCCAGGAGGGUCCAAAUCUCAGUACGCUCCCUCCAGUCCCUUACCCAGCCGACACAUGUCUAGCAUGCUGAAGCCGGGACCAGGCAUCGACAUCAGCCCUCUGCCUCCUACGGCUGACGAGCCCGUGUACGGGAACCGCGUGUCGCUGGCAGCUGCUUCCACCUCUAUGGGUCACAGUUGUGAAAACGAGAGCCUCCAUUCACAGCAGGUCUCAUACUCAUCCUGCAGCAGCACCUCCAAAGGUGUGGGGCAAGACAGGUUGUCUUGUCACUCUGUAUCCUCUCUAGAUGCGUUGGCCUGCUCGGGUCCUGGACUCCAGGGAAACCACUCUGACAUAGGAAAGGACGGCAUGUGUGGUGCAGGAGGAUCGCAGGGAGGAGGAGGAAGCAGCAGCAGCAUGCAUGUGUCCAGCUCCACCAGCAGCCUGGCGUCCAGCAGCAGUCUAUCAGAUAGCGGCAAGCUGGGCCCCGACGUCCGCUCCAAGACAAAGCACAACCAACAGGCCAGCUCUGCAGCAGAGUACAAACCCAGACCCUUCAUGGGUGUAACUGACAAGACGGCUCGCUUUCAGCAGCAGCUCCAACAGCAGCAAAUUCAGCCACACCUCGGCCUGCAGAGUCACCAGAGUCUGCAGUCUGCCAGCCGCAGCUGGCUCAACCACUCCUCCGACGGGCUAGUUUGUCACAACAUGUCAGCAAUGGGCCUGCAGCCCGUCGACUGUGAGCUGCCUUACGCGAAAACAGUGAGCACUUACCAGGAGCAGCACAAACCUCCAGCACCUCCGGGUGCUAUGACGAUGAGUAUCUUACAAAAUGGAAUCCACGCCAAGGAAUUCACCGAGAAAUUCUGCCAAGCCGCCAACUGUUACAAAGAGUCCAAGCCAGCACUGGCUAUGCCGCACACGUUCAUGGACAGUAAGCCCAAGCAGCCGGGCUUAGUCCGAGAUAAUCCUGCCAUUCACGUAGCUUCGAUGAAACCAAAGCGAUCUUUUAUAGAGUCGAAUGUGUAGAGAUGUUUAUUCUCUCGUACAGUCCAUAAUGCACACACAUACUAGCAAAAAUCUAAAGUGGAAAGGUUGAUUACAUUUUUUUAACCCAGCCCCAGACAGAAUAUAGUCUCACAUUUUAGCCUUGUUAGAAAUACAGUUUGCAAACGGUUUGAUUCCCUGUGUGGACACAGGCCGCGGGCAGUGUACCGAAUGCUCCAGAUUUCUCUCCUCCCAACCUGUCGCUUGUGGCCGUCGGCUUGAUUCAUGACACGUCCGCCAUCGUUCAGCCGAGCUGGAGACGUUGCACUGAAAGAAGUAUUCGGAUGUGUACUGUACAGUCCUCACCAAAACAAAACGGUGACAGUGAGCACUUUAUAUACAGUUAGGCCGCUUAAUCAACACUUUCAGUUCCAGCUUCAUGUUAUUAUAGAACAGUUCUGAGUGAAUGGAAAUUGAGCUUUGAACUGUGUUCAUUACGUCCAUGGUGCUGAGAGAAGUAGAGAAGAGGAAGUCCUCACUGAAGGUCACAGAAAGUCUAAAGGACGGGCAUUCCUGUGUUUUACGAAGGAUGUUAUAGAUCCUUGUGUAUAUUAUUAUAAAUAAGUACUUUUCCUUCUUUUCAGUGAAGGUCUGUGUUCUGUGUAUUGACAAGUUCAGACUUGUGUAUUUUGAGUUUUAUGCACAAUGUUGUUCAAAUGGUGUUUAAACGUUCUAAAAAAAAGCAUUUGUUAAAUAUGUUUGUACAUUAUAUAAAUCUCCAUUAACAUUCAACUGAAAUCCUAUUCUGUACCUGCUUGUUGUUGCUGUCUAGUUUAAUUUAUUUACAGCGCCGAUGGCUUGGUUAAUUGUAAAAGCAAUAUAUUUUAUAUAGUUAUUUUUGCACAGCUACUAAGUCAUUUUCUGAUUCUCGAUAAUGUUGAGUUUAAGUGCAUGCUACAAUUGCAGUUUAUAUUUCAGAGUAUAAAAAAUCUAUAAAAACAGAAAUGGUUUUGGGGUUCAGUGCCAUCACCUCUAUUUUAAUAUGUACAUUAAAUGCAAUUGUUUCCAUGUUUUCAGUAUUGUGAGCUUUAUUAGCUGUGAGCACAUACUGUAAUAGAACAUUACUGCCAUAGCCAUCAUGGGAGAGAGAAAUAAAGACCCUCUGAGGAAAAAACUAACA